GUUAGCUAAGUAAGCAGCACUGGUAGGUUGCUAAUUGAAAAAGGGGCUGUACUCUUAUUUCUUUUCCAGUAAAUUCUUAAAAUGGCUAGCGAAAUUUGUGGCAAAGGAAAUGAAGAAUAUGUCAAUGAAAAUUAUGAUAAAGCUGUUGAGCUUUAUACAGAAGCUUUGAACUUGGAUGACAAGAGAGAUGACAUUUAUUGCCAUCGUGCACAGGCUUAUUUGCAACUUAAAAAGUAUUCAGAUGCUGUGCUGGACUGUGAGAAAGCCUUAGAAAUCAAUGAGCAUAACAGCAAAGCUUAUUUAAAGAAAGGAUCAGCAUUGUAUGAGCUACAAGAAUUUCAAAAAGCACUUGCAGUUUUCCAGGAAGGCCAAAAAAGAUUUGUUACUGAUGGAAACUUUGAAUUGUGGAUUUCAAAAUGUCAAGAGGAACUGCACAAAUCAGAGAAAACAAAAACAGAUGCUGUUUGUGAAUCAGGUCAUCAUAAAGAGAAAACACUAAGUCCAAAUAGUGUUUCAGUGGAGUCACCAAAAGUCAAGUAUGACUGGUAUCAAACUCAUACCCAUGUGGUGAUUACUGUUCUUUUGAAGAAUAUUACAAAAGAAAACCUCACUGUGGAAUCUGAGAGCAGAAAGUUGAAAGUAGUGAUAAAAGAACCAGCUGCAACUUUGGAAUUGUUAUUGGCACACCAGAUUGAUCCUCAUCAAACAUCAUUUAAGAUACUGUCAACUAAGAUUGAAAUCAAAUUAAAAAAGUGUGAAGGGAUACUUUGGUCUAAAUUAGAAGGACAGCCAGAUAGUGAAGAUAGAAUUUGUCCUGCUGCCUCAGCUCCAGUGGCGGAAGGAGUUCCUGCCUAUCCAUCCUCCUCACUGAGUCACAGAGACUGGGACAAGAUAGCUCAACAGGUGACAGAAGAAGAGAAAGAUGAGAAACUUGAAGGGGAUGCAGCGCUGAAUCAGUUCUUCCAGAAAAUCUAUGCAGAUGCUUCUGAUGAGACAAAAAGAGCAAUGAUGAAAUCUUUUACUGAAUCUGGUGGUACUGUACUUAGUACAAACUGGUCAGAGGUUGGAUCAAAAAAAGUGGAUGUCAAGCCUCCUGAUGGCAUGGAGUUUAAAAAAUGGGAAUACUGAAAAACCAAUAGAUAAAUUUAAUCAUAUUUUUUGAUGAAUGAAUCUUUAAAAUUACAUUUUUAAUAUAAAUUGAAUUGGCAAUAAAUAUGUGCAUUUUAAUUUUAA